AGGCGAUCGCUCUUUUUUUAUUUCGGGGAUUUUACGUAUGCGUCUAAGUUUUGCCUCUUGUCGGCUUUUGAUUAUUUAAUCCUAUGAGUUUCUAUGUCCCGUGAUUAGAAGCCCCCAAAAUGGUGUAUAUGAACAUAGUGCUUGGCUUGGGCGUCGUGGUGGCGGCGGCGGCAGCGGCUAUUUGGUUCAACUGGCCCAAUUACCAGCAAACUGCGCCGCACCACAACCAUCGCAGGAAUCGUCGUGAGGAGGAGGACGAGGGGGACAGCCAUGAUCCGGAUAGCAAGUUGCGAAGCCACUUCGGUCAGCAGCAGAUGCGCCGCAGCCGUCCGGGCGACAAGUGUCCAGUUUGCCUGGAUGAGAUGUUGCAGGGAGAUCUACAUAUGAUGCAGUGCAGCCAUGCGAUGCAUCCAACUUGUUUCAAUGAGUUUCGGUACUUGCGACGAAGCUGCCCGUUGUGCCGAAAGAUAGUAAAUCCGAGUCUACCGGGUGACGACUGCCCCAUCUGUCUGGACCCACUUACCAAGAAUGAUAUGAGGUUCCUGUCCUGCAAGCACGCUCAACAUAAUCAGUGUCUGGCUCAGUAUCGGUAUAGUGGCGGUAAAGCUUGUCCAAUAUGCCGGGAGCCAGAUGUAUAGAUUAAAAGCUAUAGCUUUAUAGUACAACCCAAAAUGGAUCUACAAGCGAAGAAAAGAAACGAAAAUAUCAGCGCCAAGCGACUGACUUGGCCGUUAAAAAUCACAAUAAGCACAAAAAAACGCGAUAAGCAAUUGAAAUAAGUCUGUCUUAGCGUGUAAUUGUCAUAACUUUUGUUAAAUAAACAACAUGAAAUGCCUUA